CACCAUGGAAGUCAUCUUGCCAUUCAUUACUGAAAAGAACUACAAUGGUCUCAUUGAAACUUGCGAACAAUUAGAACUUAAACAUGCUGCGGGACAAUCCAACAUUGACCUUUCCGAUAUUGACGCGACUUACUUGAUUGGCUAUUGUCUGAUUAAUGAUCUAGACUCUGCUAGAUUCCUUCGCAAACGUAUUCUUGCACGGGACAAUGUUCGUAGACCAGAAGUGGAUUUUGCUUGGAAAGUGUGUGCUGCACUGUGGGAUCAGCGUUACUCUGAUUUUUACAGUGCUCUUCAUGACUUUCCGUGGUCAGAUCCUAUCCAGUCACUUGUAGCCUCUCUGCAAGAAAACACAAGAGAAAGAAUGCUUGUUACUGUAGCCAAUGCCUACACAAGCAUUAAGAUUUCGGAUGCUCUAUACUAUUUUGGGAUGCCUGAAAAUGAACUUGUUACAGCACUUUUAUCUAAGGGGUGGACCUAUGAUAGUUCUUCAAAGAUACUGACACCUAACAAGCCUGAACUUAAAAUACAAGAUAUAUCGAGUAAUGAUAAAUUCUCCAGUUUGGCAGAAAUGAUCUUACACCUCGAGAAGAACUAGUGUAUUUUAGUGUAUUUGGAUAUAUCUAAGUGUCUAUGUGUGGGUAUAAACACUAUGAAUUCAUUCCCUCUCCCUCUUCUCUUCAAAAGAGAAAAAAAAAAGAACCACUUUCAUAUAAUAUAUACAACGCAGAAAAGUUGUAAGGAUUUUAUUUUUU